ACUGAGGAACGUUCUUAUCAACAUCAUUCGCGCUUUUCUGGAUGGCGAUACCAGCUACGAUCGUAUUGAAGGUCUACAACCCAAAUUUGAGGACUGGCACUUGAAAAUGACUCUUUACGAGGUCAAAGAUUCGCUUUUUCGUAAAGAGACAUCAGGCGCAGAGUUUGGAACGACACAGUGGGCGAUGAACGUGUUACGUACAAGGAAUGCUAAAAAAGGUCCACAUGCUGCAAUGAAUGCCUACGGUGAAUUUUCGGAUAAAGAAUUAGAUGCACAAAUAGUCGCUAUUACAAUGGAGCACUUCAACAUGGCAACAUUUGAAGAUGACCCAGUACCGACAAAUAUCAAAACAGGAUGUGAGGAAGAGAAACGAAAAUGGAUUUCUAUGCAUGUUGAAGAUAUAAUAAAAAGGUAGAUUUAUGUGAUAAUAUAUGUUCAGUAAUGUCGUGACUAAUAAAAUUACAUUUCAUCGUAUACUAAAUAACAAAUGUCUAGAUACACAGUGGCAUAUGCUGACAACAUAGGCAAUGUAAGAGAAAAACUUAAACAAGAAGGCAUAAGAAAGCUGAAAAUAUUCAUCUGCUCCAAAAAUGCUACUGGAGAAUGUAAUCAUUGCCCCUUCAAAUCCGCACGUACGAGGGAUCUUCAUGAGAAACUGAAGCAUAACAUGGACAGACGCGAACCUGAUGUAAUACAGCAGCCUAUUAUAAAGGACCACGUCCUAUGUUAUCAGAAAGCCUUGUUCACUAUCAAUCUGCUACUCAAGAACUUAAUGAUGCAAUAAGACAGGGAGAUGGUGAACGAUUAAUCGAAAGUUAUAAGUUGGUUCUGCUUUACUUCAAGGCAACUCGGCAUCAUAAAUACGCAUACACCAUCCUGAAGUUGUUAUACCAAAUUAGAUUGGAACCGGAAAAUGCAUUCAAGUUGACCUGGGGAAGGUUCAUUAAUACACAGGGAUACAAAGGAAGAAAUAUAUCAAAUGAUCUUCACCUGGAACAUUUAAAUCAUUUUUUAAAGGAAUUACUGCGUUCAUUACGUAGCAACAUCAAUGAAAAAAAUGCUGAAAGGGUGUCGUAUACAUUACAAAAUAUGAAAGGAAUUGUUGACAACUUGGAAAGGUCACUGGAUUUGUCUGAGGUCAAGGGUCAUAGAAAGAUGCCAUCUACUAUUGAAGACGUAAAGAAGUUGGCACUUGCAUAUCAUCAGGCUAAAGUAUUUAGAGAAACACCAGGAAGAGAAUAUGAAUCGUUUCCAAAUUUUAAAGAAACAAUAUUAUGCUCAAUAGAUGCAGAUCAUCUACAUAAGUGGUUAUCACAGAAAGAACACGAUUUAUUUACUUUUUCAUAUUUCGUUUUUUGCAUUAUAUUUUAUAACUUUGUAUAUUGUACAUACUAACUUAAUAAAGUAGGACAUUUUGGAGAUUGAAAUAGGGCCUAUCUUUUGUGAUUUGUUAUUAAAGCAAUUUUUAGUAGAGUUUAAGUUUGAGAAUAGGUUCUAAAUUCAGUUUGUCAUUAAAAAAAAUCAAUAGUCAAGUUCACUGUCAUUUGACUCAUGUUCAGAGAAAUCUGAAAAUUCAGGACACUCUAGAUUCGUUUUAUCAACGAUUUCCAUGCUAUCGUCACAUUCUUUGUGAACAUCUGGAACUUCAAUAUCGUGAAACACAUCAUUGAGUAUUAGCAUAAGUUGCUUGGAAGUAUCUGUACCCAGAUUGAGAUUAUUUUGUAUAUAUUCCAUUGCAUUUAUGUAGGGU